AUGUUCAAACAAAACUCAGAUUUAAUUAUACAAAGUAAAUGUGAUGUAAAGAAAUCUUAUAAAUAUAGUGAAUGUGGGAAAACCUUCAGAGACUACACUACUCUCACUCAACAUCAAACAAGUCAUACUGGAGAACGACCCUUUAAAUGUAAUGAAUGUGAAAAGAGAUUUAACCAGAGUUCCCAUUUAACAAACCAUGAGAAAACUCAUACUGGAGAAAAGCCCUACAAAUGCAAUGAAUGUAGGAAGGGCUUCAGUUAUUGCUCAGUCCUUAUUCAACAUCAGAGAAUUCAUAGUGGGGAAAGACCUUACAAGUGUACUGAAUGUGGCAAGACAUUCAGUCGUAGUACAUAACUUACUCAGCAUCAAAGAAUUCAUACUAGUGAUAAACCAUAUAAAUGUUUUGAAUGUGGAAAGGGUUUUAGCCAGAGCACACAUCUUACUCUACAACAAAGAAUUCAUACUGGAGAGAAACCUUAUGAAUGCAACGAAUGUGGUAAAACCUUUAGUCAGAGUGCACAUCUUACUCAACAUCAAAGAAUUCAUAUAGGAGAAAAGCCCUAUGAAUGUAACGAAUGUGGGAAAGCCUUCAGUGAUCACUCAGCUCUUACCCUACAUCAUAUUGUCCAUACUGGAGAGAAACUUUUUGAAUGUAACGACUGUGGGAAAGCUUUCAGUUACUGUUCAGACCUCAUUCAACAUCAGAGAAUGCACACUGGAGAGAAACCAUACAAAUGCAAUGAAUGUGGGAAUGCCUUUAAUGAUUGUUCAGCCUUAUUCAGACAUCAAAGAACCCAUACUGGAGAGAAGCCAUAUGAAUGUAAGGAACGUGGGAAAGCCUUCAGCAGAAGUAUGUACCUUACUCAACAUCAGAGAAGUCAUAGAGGAAAGAAACCAUAUAAAUGUAAUGAAUGUGGGAAAACUUUUAUCCAGAGUUCAUUCCUUACACAACUGAGGGUUCAUACUGGAGAAAAACCUUACAAAUGUAAUGAAUGUGGGAAAGCUUUUAGUGACCGCCCAGGGCAUAUUCAGCAUCAGAGAACCCACACUGGAGAGAAGUGCUAUGAGUGUAACAAUUGUGGGAAAGCUUUCAGUUUCUGUUCAGCCCUUAUUCAGCACAAGAGAAUUCAUACUGGAGAGAAGCCCUUUAAAUGCAAUGACUGUGGAAAAGCCUUCAGUGAUUGGUCAGCACUUAUUCAAUAUCAGAGAACUCACACUGGAGAGAAACCUUAUAAAUGUAAUGUAUGUGGAAAAGCCUUCAGUCAGAGUACAAAACUCACAAAUCACCAGAAAACUCAUACCAUUGAAAAAUCUUAUAAAUGCAAUGAAUGUGGAAAAGUUGUUAGUUACUGUUCAGGCCUUAUUCAACAUCAGAUCAUUCAUACUGAAGUGAAACCUUAUGAAUGCAAUAAAUGUGGCAAAGCCUUCAGCCAGAAGACAGACCUUAAAAAUCAUCAGAAAACUCAUACUAAAGAAAAACUCUACAAAUGUAAUGAAUGUGGGAAAGCCUUUAGCCAGAACACAUAUCUUACAAAACACCAGAAAAUUCAUAGUGGAGAGAAGGCAAAUAUACAUACUGAGUGUAGGAAAACCUUUAGACAAAACUCUUCUUUUGUUCAACAUGAAAAGCUUCACACUGGAGAGAAAUCCUCUGAAUGCCUUGGGAACUUGGCUAGUAUGGAGACCUUCCCCAGGGAAACAGAAAGAAGAUCCUGAAAACUGUCAGCUUCAGGACUUCCCUGGUGGUGCAGUGGUUAAGAAUCCACCCGCCAAUGCAGGGGACACAGGUUCAAUCCCUGGUCCAGGAAGAUUCCAUAUGCCACGGAGCAGCUAGGCCUGUGUGCCACAACUACUGAGCCUGUGCUCUAGAGCCUGUGAGCCACAACUACUGAGCCCAUGUGCCACAACUACUGAAGACUUCACACCUAGAGCCU